AUGGUCGAGACACACCGGGCCGGAGUGCCCUCUCCGAGUGGGGAAUAUCAGAUAGAGACCUCGGACAUGUGGGUUGCGGACGGCUUCCGCGCCCCGGAUCUGGGGGCUGAGCUUGAUGCGCCGCCCGCUUACGGCGAGCAUCACGACCAAUUGCAGCUUUCACAGGCCGGGUUCGAAGCCGGUGCUGCUGUGACAGUCGACGGUCGGGUAGACAUCAAUAUCAACCAGAAAACUAGGCGGCUUUCCGAACUGCUCGCCCCGACCUUGCGGAACCAGCUUGCGCCCGAAGCAAAGCUGCCCUUGGGGCCACUGCCGCCGGCAUACAUCCCUCCGAGCCUCGGUGGCCUGCCUGGACAGACGCCGCCGCCAAAGCUGAACGUCGUCAUCCAGAUCGUGGGCUCGCGCGGCGACGUGCAACCUUUCGUUGCGCUGGGGAAGGUGUUGAAGGACACGUACGGCCACAGGGUCCGACUUGCAACGCACGCCACCUUCCAGAAGUUUGUCGAGGAGAACGGGCUCGAAUUCUUCAGCAUUGGCGGCGACCCUGCCGAACUCAUGGCCUUCAUGGUGAAGAACCCCGGCCUCAUGCCGGGUAUCGACGCUCUGAAGAGCGGCGAGAUUACUAAACGACGGAAGGGCAUCGAGGAGAUGCUCCUUGGCUGCUGGAGGUCCUGCGUCGAAGCCGGCACUGGACUGGGGCCCUCCCAUCCACGCCAUCGACCUGACGAGCCGGUGGGUGAGAACUAUUUCCCAUCAGGGACCUCCGAGGGACAGCCGUUCGUGGCGGACGCGAUCAUCGCCAACCCACCCAGCUUUGCACAUAUCCACCUUGCAGAAAAGCUGGGGAUUCCGCUGCAUAUGAUGUUCACAAUGCCAUGGACACCAACCAGGGCGUUUCCACAUCCGCUGGCAAACAUCCAAUCUAGCAAUACAGAUGUUGUCAUGACGAAUUACGUCUCGUAUGCCAUGGUUGAGAUGAUGACCUGGCAAGGUCUAGGCGACGUGAUCAACCGCUUCCGGACAGGCGUCCUGGACCUCGAUCCCCUCUCUCUGAUCUGGGCCCCGGGCAUGCUCACGCGGUUAAGGAUACCGACUACUUACUGCUGGUCACCGGCUCUGAUACCGAAGCCGAACGAUUGGAUGAAUGAGAUCACCAUCGCAGGCUUCUACUUCCUCAACCUAGCGUCCUCCUAUACCCCCGAUCCCGAACUUGCAGCAUUCCUUGAGGCGGGGCCUCCGCCAGUCUACAUCGGCUUCGGGUCCAUCGUCGUUGAUGACCCGAACGCGCUCACCAAAAUCAUAUUUGAUGCCGUCUCCAUUACCGGAGUCAGGGCGCUUGUCUCAAAGGGUUGGGGAGGUAUUGGGGUGGACUCGAUUGGCCUCCCUGAUGGCGUCUUCAUGCUUGGCAACUGCCCGCACGACUGGCUGUUCAAGCAUGUCUCGGCCGUCGUCCACCACGGGGGCGCGGGAACAAGCGCGGCGGGCAUCAAUCUGGGAGUGCCCACAGUUGUGGUGCCCUUCUUCGGAGACCAGCCUUUCUGGGGGUCGAUGAUCGCCAGGGCCGGGGCUGGACCGGAGCCGGUACCUUAUACCAGCCUCACGGCAGAGAAUCUUGCUGCCGCGAUCCAGGAGGCUUUGAGGCCUGAAACUCAAGCUCGCGCCAGGGAACUCGGCGAGAAGAUCAGGGAGGAAAGGGGAGUAGACAUGGGAGGGAAGAGUUUCCACGAAUUCCUAAAUACUGACAAUAUGAGAUGCUCCUUGGCACCGAGUCGCGUGGCCGUGUGGAGGGUUAGGAGGACUCAGACACGGUUGAGCACCUUGGCUGCCGCGGUGUUGGUGAAAGAGGGCCUUGCCAGGUACUCGGAUAUGAAGCUAUAUCGCUCUAUCGAGUACCAUACCGAAGGCCAACCUUGGGAUCCUAUCUCAGCGGUUACCUCAGCUUUAGUCGGCGACCUUGGGGACAUAACCAUGGCCGUAGCCGAUUUCCCCAGAGAGAUAUUCAAGGGUAGCGGAAAGCCCAAGAAGGAGGCAUCAACAGACGACACCGCCUCAAUCACCACUGCCGGCGCGAGCUCCGCGUCCUUCGUACCGGAUCACAGGUCUGAUGCUGCCAGCUUGUCGUCGUUUCCGGCGCCUUCUGUCACUGUCAGUGCCCCUGGGGCAUCCACACUGUCGGUUGCCACGAAUUUCACAGACACAACGUCGCCAGAGGCCACAUUGUCGCCAGAGGAUACGCGCAGUUCCGCGCCAAGCCCCUCGAGAAGCCGCCCGCCAUCCAGGCAAGCGUCGCAAGGCGACUCUAUGUCCGUCAACCCAGUCAGUAUGGAGACGGCGAUAUUCGCAAGCAAAGGAGUGGGCCGCAUCGUGACCACGGGCAUGAAGAGCCCAAUGAACUUCUGCCUGGGUCUGGCGCGGGGAUUCCGCAACGCGCCGAAGCUCUACAAUGACGACACCGUCCGAGCCCCGGAGAAGGUGACCGACUUCGCCAGCGGGCUGAAGGUCGCCGGAAGGGAGUUCGGGCUGGGCUUCUACGACGGCAUCUCCGGGCUCGUGACCCAGCCGUUGAGAGGGGCAGAAAAGGAGGGGGGCGUGGGGCUCCUGAAAGGCUUCGGCAAGGGCGUGGGGGGCUUGGUGCUCAAGCCCGCGGCAGCGAUCUGGGCGAUUCCGGCUUACACAAUGCAGGGUGUUCAUGCCGAGGUCCGCAACCGGUUCCGGAGAAGCUCUACCAACUACAUCAUCGCGUCGAGAGUGCUAGAGGGCGAGCAGCAGCUGGACUCGUCUACGGUUGAAGAACAGAAGGACAUUCUCAUUCGCUGGCAAGCAAGGAGGGACGAACUGAAAGGUUUCUAUAACCUAAAGCAGAAAGAGAAGAGGUCAUCGGAGUACCAGGAAGACCAAUCGCCAUCAGAAAAUCUCGAUUUCCUCGAUGGCCCGCCUAAGACUGGGUGGCUCCAUACCCGAAACCUCUCAAUGGACGAGAGGAAGAAGCUGCACGUACAAAAGGAUGCAUGGAAGAAGAAGCAAUCCGACCUCAAGGCAUCAGGCGUCCAGACGCCUCUCAGCAGUUCAAGCAGCGCACUGGAGCAUGAAGAGCUGGAGCGGGCCAUCCGCGCAUCGGUCAACCAGACAUCAAAGGGAGACCCGAAGGAAGAUGCGCGGAUCGAGCAGUCGAUACGGGCAAGCAUCAAGGAAAUGAGGAGGAUCGCCGAGCAGAGAGCCGACUGGAAGGAACCGGUCCUCGAUUUUCCCACUUCGGACCCCGCGACGCCGCUCCACUCCGCCGUCGGAGACCUAGAGGACGUUCCCGACGAGGAGUACCAGGCGCUCAUCGAGGAAGCCGUCAGGCAGAGCCUCGCGGCCCACGCGGAAGGGGCGCAGAGGAGCCACGCCCCGAGCCGGGAGGACGAGGAAGCGCUGCAGAGGGCGAUCGAGGAGUCCAAGGCCCGUCUCCAGCGCGACAAUGCCGCCACCCCGCUGGCUGAGGAUGACGAGGAGCUGCGGCGCGCAGUCGAGGAGUCCGAGAGGGCGCACCGCGAGCACACGGAGCGGGCCAAGACUGAGGAGGAGAUCGUCAUGGAAUACGUCCUGAAACAGAGCCUCGCCGAAGAGGAGUUCCGGCGCUCGAAAUCGAAGGGGAAGGCCGUGAGUCGGGGGCCCCAUGGCGGGGACGAGGACGACGAUGAGGACCUGAAGAGAGCCCUGGAGGAAAGCCUACGGAUGAGCCAUGGCGGGGAUGGUGGGCCGUCCUCGUUGCCCAAGUCUUCCUAG